AUGGCGUCUGAUGAUCGUCUGAAAUUGCUGCUGGAGUUUGCCUCGCUGGGAACACGGCUGCCGACAUCCGUCAAGCUCACACCGCGCACGUCAAGAACCCCGCGGGCGACCGAAGACCAGAAUUCUUGGACACUUCGGCAACAGAAGUGGAAGGGCAUCAAGGCACAAUUGGCAGCGAAGGCAGAGGCGCACAGCGCGCAACAGCGCAUAAAGCCACUUACGCUGCUAGGUGGUGGUGAGAAGCCUCACUUGCCGCCCCUGCCGCCCACGCUGCGCACUUCGGACCUGCCAGCCAAGGAUGUCGAGCAGAUACAAUCCACUUACCAUUGGAGGCCUGUCCAGAUCCGUGAGCAUUGUUUUGCUUCGGAUGAGCCGGGCCGAACUUUGGGAACCUAUGUGAAUACCUUGAGCUUUAACUUGGCACCGCAAACAUUGCAGGGUGCCAAGCCGCUACAAGUUCGACUUGCUUCUGGAAACUUUACAGCCCAGGGAGCAGUCUGGUGCUACAUCCUUGAAGACUCCUUUGUUCAGUGUCGUGGUGUGGUCAUCGGCACCUGCCCGAAGACCCACGAUCCCGAGAAUGGAAGGAACAUUCGCAUUUGCCGCCUGCCAGUGGAGGCACGACCACGCAGGGGCCUUCAAUUUGCGGCUCUUUCGCGUGAGGCCUAUGACGUUGGAGGUCACAUAACUUACACUUCCAGCCGAGUGGCAUUGACGGUGACACCGGAUGGUUGGAUCUGUGGUCACUCCACUCGCGAGAUGGAGGGAGCCAUUGAUCUCUCUGCCAUCCGGUUCUGCAAGCAAGGUGGAAUCUCCUUGACCGAUGAGGUUACGCUGCACACUGUGGAUGUCCGCGGCUCGCGGCUAGUUUGUCUUCAGGGCCAUCUUUCUGAAUGUUUUUAUGUCUUGGAGUCCAAGCGGCCACUGGCCAUGCUGCCGGAGAGCUGCCGGCCGAAGGAGGUGCUACAUUUUGUUACUCCUGGCUCCGGACCUGGGGCUUUCCAUCUCAUCCAGGUCCGGCCAACACAAGGUUCUGGCAUUGGCGGCGAUUUGAUGUGGAAAGACGGCGUGUGGAACCAUGACCAAGUCCAUCUCACCGGUAUCAUGUAUGAGGUUAGCGCCGACUCUUUGGCACUGUCAUUUCUAGAUGCCUCCUGGUCUCCAGAGAUCUUGAAGAUCUUUGUGGCCGAGUUUCAGAAGUUCCUCAUGGCAAAGUUUGGCAGCAUUGAUGAUGCCUGGAUCGAGGCUUUUGACCUAAACGGGCUGGGCGUGGUCAACUUCACACAGUUCAGCGUGGGUUGUAAGAAGGCGGGUUACGUUGGCAAUGCCACCCGACUGUGGGCAGCUAUCAAUGACGAUCACGGUGAUGUGAUUUGCCUUGACCAGCUAGCCAAGAAUUACUUGGAGCCAGAGCAGCCUGGUUACUCACAACUUCUAGACAUGGGAAAUGCCGAACUUCCAGCAGCAGCACUUCCAGAAGGAACUAGAUGA